UGUAUGUGUGUGUGUGGUCCACUGGCUCUUCCUCCACUAAGCUCCACAGACCACAGUCAACCAGCAGAUGAACAGCAGCCUCUCCCCGCACGGCUUCACGAACCAUUUACAGGAGGGAAAGAUGAAGCUGCUGGUCUGGCUCAGUGUUCUCCUCUGCCUCUUUGCCUGUCAUCUCUGUGGAGCCAGAGUCAUCCCAGAAGGAGUGCCAUAUGAUGAAGCCCCAGCUGUUCCCUACUGGCCCUACUCCACCUCGGACUUCUGGAACUACGUUGAAUACUUCCGAUCCAUCGGCGCCUACAACCACAUCAACGAGAUGGCCCGGGCCUUCUUCGCCCACCAGCACCUCGGAGACACCUUGGGAUAUGAGACCAACGAGGGACAUGAACACUGAAAGGGAGCCAGGACGAAGACGAGAUGUUAAGAUAUCCUUAGGAAAUGAAAAGAAAUGAUGAGGAAAUAAGAAACUUAUUAUAGAGUAAUAAGUGUUUUUCUCUUCCCAAGUAUAUCAGUUUGUAGCAUAGUCAUACAUGUAGAAUGCAAAUGUAGAGUUGUAGUUGUAGCGUUAUAAACUACCUUAAUAUAAUGUGCCACAAAUAAACAAACAUUUUCCAAAUAUUGAAUUAUGUCAAUACAAGGAUUUAAUAAUCUUUUGUUCUUCUUGUUUCUCAAGAUGUACAACUAUUAUCAAUUUCACGAUAACUGCCAAUACUAUUACAGGGUAUAUUUUACUACGAUUUUUUUCAAUGUAUUAAUUUUGUUGGUUAUAAAAUUGAAAUAGAGUAGGCCAUGCUCUUUUACAUCCAAUAUACAGUAUAUUUUAUCAUCAACUACACUUUGGUUAUAUAAUAGUAUUAUCAAGUGUUGCUAGAAGUUUUUCAGGUCAAUAUGUGAAAUAAAAAAUAUAUACUUGUAAAAUACAACACACUUUAAAUUAUUGAAGCUAUCGUGCGUAGUUUCUGUCUGCCCAAUGAAGGAAUUCCAAGUGAUGACAACUAUUCUGUCGGUACGUCAACAUGAUACAAGCCUUCCGUGAUUGCGCUUCACCCCCGCCGCUCCACCACGCAGUUGCUACGUAGCCAAGGAGAACACGGAAGAUU